AUGGAUCUCACAUUUCAUUCACAUUUUUAUAAGAAUUGGCUCAAGGAAUUGGUGAGAAGCUACCAUGUUGAGGCCAAGUGGUUCAUACAAGGAUAUUUACCAUCUUUUGAGGAGUAUUUGAAGAAUGCCCUCAUCACUUGCACUUACUGUUACCACACAACAACGGCGUUGCUGGGGGAUAAAUCUGCCACCAAGGAAGACUUGGAAUGGCUAAGCGAGAAGCCUAAAAUGCUUGUGGCAGGGCUCCUCAUAUGUCGAGUCAUUGAUGACAUAGCUACUUAUGAGGUGGAAAAGGAAAGAGGUCAGAGUGCUACAGGCAUAGAAUCGUAUAUGAGAGACAAUGACGCCACAAUAGAAGAAGCGAUCGCUAAAUUCUUCGAAAUAGCAACAGACGCAUGGAAGGAUAUAAAUGAGGAGUGUAUGAGGCCAUCUGCAUAUUCGAGAGAUGUUUUGAUGCGGAUUCUAAAUCUUGAACGCAUAAUCGAUGUUACUUACAAAGGCAACGAAGAUGGAUACACUCAACCUGAGAAGGUUCUCAAGCCUCACAUCAUUGCUUCGUUUGUCGACCCUAUUGAGAUGUAG